AUCGAGAAGCCAUUAUUCUAUCUUUCUUUGUAUAACAUGAUCAUGAACAUGCUCGUUGGGUUUGACUUAAUUAAUUAUGACUAAUUAAUGCAGGGAAAUUUCGAGAUUUCAGCGAUCGAGGGUAAUAUUGUAUGGCCAGGAAACGAUGACAAUAACAAAAAGAGCCAGGUGACUGUUUUAGUGUCUGGAACUGAUGGUCAGAUUCGAGGAGGACCUGUGCGAAGCUUAAUUGCUAAAUCUUCUAUUAAGGUGUUUGUUAGCACAACGAGUAAGCAUGAUACACACAACAUGGCAAGUGAAGAAUACUACCCGAGGGAAAACGAUGAGGUUCCAUUGUUCCAAUUCCAGGACCAAGCUGAACGUAUGGCAGAGAUAGUGGAUCAGAUCUAUAAGACUACGUUGAAGGAGCUCAAUAAUCAAACAAAUAUAUAACUCCUACUGGGGAUGCCACCAGACCAAGAAUUGAAGGGGAAUCUUAUUCAUCUUAUAUAUAUUAAUUCAUAUAUAUAUAUGUUCAUGGUUUAUUUCAUUUUUUUUAAAAAAAAAGUGGUUUAUUUCAUUAUUGUCUAAAAAUGUUACGCUAUAUGACAUUUU